AUGGCGCACCAGGAGAUCGAGCACACCCAGCUCCCCGUCCGCGGGAUCAACCUCCACGUCGCUCAGGUCGGCAAAGGUGAACUGGGGACGGUGGUGUUCCUGCACGGCUUCCCGGAGAUAUGGUACUCGUGGCGCCACCAGAUGCUGGCCGUGGCCGCGGCGGGGUACCGCGCCAUCGCGCCGGACUGCCGCGGGUACGGGCUGUCCGACCAGCCGCCGGAGAACGAGGAGGACUCCUGGGUCUGGGACGACCUCGUCGCGGACGUGCUCUCCAUCCUCGACGCGCUCUCCAUCCCAAAGGCGUUCUUGGUGGGCAAGGACUUCGGCGCCAUGCCGGCGUACGAGUUCGCGCUGCAGCACCCGGACCGCACCUGCGGCGUGGUGUGCCUCGGCAUCCCCUUCAGCCCCGUUCCCUUCUCCUUCGACACCAUGCCCGAGGGCUUCUACGUCCUGCGCUGGGGUGAGCCUGGUAGGGCGGAGGCCGACUUCGGGCGGUACGACGUGAGGCGCGUGGUGCGCACCGUCUACGUGCUCUUCUCCGGCGCCGAGAUCCCGAUUGCCAAGGAAGGGCAGGAGAUCAUGGACCUGGCCGACCUGUCCACUCCCCUCCCGGAGUGGUUCACCGAGGAGGACCUGGACGUCUACGCCAAGCUCUACGAGAAGUCCGGCUUCCGCUACCCGCUCCAGAUGCCAUACAGGUCUAUACACAAGAUGCCGAACCGGCUGGACGCCAAGUUCCAGGCCCCGGUGCUCAUGGUGAUGGGGGAGAAGGACUACUGCUUCAAGUUCCCGGGGUUCGAGACCGCCCUGCGCAGCGGCGUCAUGGACAACUUCAUGCCGGACCUCAAGAUCACCUACAUCCCGGAGGGGAGCCACUUCGUGCAGGAGCAGCUCCCGGAGCAGGUCAACGACCUGCUCCUCGACUUCCUCAAGGUCAAAGGCCACCCCGUCGCAUCGUGA